AUGAAGGAAUGUAUUACUUGUUGGCCAUCUAUUCCUUUUGCUUAAAUUAGCUGAAUAACCUCACAUAAAACAUUGAGGCUGGUAUACAAGACAACCUCCAUAGUAUCGGACAUCGGCGUUUCGCGCGUGUUUCCGGUAGCCACUUCCGGCCUCCCAUUCCAACAUGGCGGCGCCCUGCGCUGCCGGUGUUGCUGGACAGGCGGACUCAUCGACACCAGCGCGGGGCUUGACUGAAUUGUCAUCUAACGGGAAAAGACAGCAGUUUGGAAACCGAUUCCUCAUAGAUCCCAGCGACGUUUUUCAGCACAAUGCCUGGGAUAAUGUGGAGUGGACUGAAGAACAAGAAGCAGCGGCAAGACGUAAAGUACAAGAGAACAGUCAGCCUCUUCCUUCGACGAAGCAAGAAGAGUUCGACGUCAGGGCCAACGAGUACUGGAAUGACUUUUACAAGAUCCACAAUAAUCGCUUCUUCAAAGAUCGUCACUGGCUCUUCACGGAAUUUCCCGAGCUGGCUUUAAACUGCAGGCAGCACCACAACAAGGCCGAUGAUGCAGUGGAAGCGGUUAUGAGUGAGAACGCGGAGUUUAAGUUGGCCAACCAUAUUGAUGCACCAUCUGGCUGUGACUUUCCCGGUUCCACAGCAACGUACCGAAUUAUGGAGGUUGGCUGUGGUGUGGGAAAUACUGUGUUUCCCAUCCUGAAGACAAAUAACGACCCCGGACUUUUUCUGUAUUGCUGUGACUUCUCUAGCACUGCUGUGGAGCUCGUCAAGUCCAGCGGAGAAUACGACCCACACCGCUGCUUUGCCUUUGUCCAUGACCUGAGCGACGACGCAGCUGCCUUUCCCGUGCCCGAGGGCAGCCUGGACGUCGUCGUGCUCAUUUUCGUGCUGUCCGCCCUCCACCCAGACAGGAUGUCGGGGGCCAUCAGCAGACUGGCUCGCCUCCUGAAACCAGGGGGGAUGAUAUUACUGAGGGAUUACGGCCGCUACGACAUGGCACAGCUUCGCUUCAAGAAAGGAAGGUGUUUAUCUGACAACUUUUAUGUCCGAGGGGACGGAACGAGAGUCUACUUCUUCACCCAGGAGGAGCUGCAUGAUCUCUUCACCGGCUCUGCUCUGGAGAAGGUGCAGAACCUGGUGGACCGGCGGCUGCAGGUGAACAGGGGCAAACAGCUGACGAUGUACCGGGUCUGGAUACAGUGCAAGUACCGCAAGCCGGUGGAGGUUGGAGGAGCAGCGCCGCUUGGAGGGGAGGCUGCGAGCGAGGAGAUCCCGGGAUCAGAAGCUUGCUGAGCAAGGAAGAUGGCUGGGAGAGUGGGAUACAGCUUCCUGGAUGCUGUUGUCCUGGGGACCCUUGUGGGUGAUGACUGACAUAAUUGGGAGGUAACUGCAUGUUAUUGGAGACCACCUGAAAUGAGAAUGCAGAAUAAAGGAGAAUUCUGCGUCUUCGGACCUGGCCUCGUCGUCCACAGUGUGAGCUUAUGGACGGCAGAAAGUCAGUUUUAUUCUGAAUGUGUCUGAUUUUAAUGUUUACCCCUGUGCUUAUUCAGAACUAUGUAGGCCAUUUCCGCUGAAAGUCAUUUUAAAACCAUUUGUAUUUUGUGAAUAAAGCAAGUAAAAUAUAAAA